CUACUUAAAAUAAAAGCACUAAAAGCAUUAUUUAUGUGAAAAAGAUUAACUCUAAGACGUGGGUCUAAAAUGUAUAAGUCAAAAGAAAGGCAUGUUACCGAAAAGCAUUACAUCACGAGAUGAUUAAAAGACCUUUCCUUGUUCGCUCCCUUAAAGUAAAUGGGACAUUUCAUGCCUCGGAGUGAUGUAGGAUGCGUCAUAAAAGGGGUACGACUGUUCCUUUCUCUCCUAUUCGGCGUGUCUGGUGUUCAAAUGUAGUGUCAAGUAAAGUUAACUUAGUGUCAAGUAAAGAUAACCGUAGCAGGUAACCCUCUAAGCCCGAGACAGUGAAGUCACCGUCGAUAUCAAGUGUUUUGUUUAACUUCAUGAGAUCGGGGUUAUUGUAUUCACACUGGCUUCAUGGUGUUUAUCUGGACGUAUUAAGCUGGUGUAAUGCAUUGGAGUCUUUUCAAGACACAAGACGAGGACUAAAAGCUAGAAAGUAUAGCAGGCAUCAUGGACAUUCUUUCAACUAGGACGCUGAUGAAGGCGCUGAUGGCACUUAUAGUCUUAUACAGUUCUACCAUGGGCCAACCGCCGCGAAUCCAGUAUUACUGUCCUACAAAUUGUCGCUGUGCAACUCUUCCGGGCAGGGGUGAUGCCGUUCAGUUAGUUUGCCGAUACAGAAGUCUAACAAACAGCAGCCUUGUCCCAAUACAGACCAACCAUACGGUAUGGCUAUCAGUGCUCUGUACCGCUUCAUUUUUUUCAAGGCCACGCAGUGAGCCACAAGACAACCAAUUCUCACACCUAAAUUAUCUAGAAGAGUUAAGCAUCAUUGCAUGUCGUCUGGAAGAUAUUCCAUCACGCUGGUUUGCUGGACUAACUAGUUUAAAACGACUGAGCAUAGGCAACGUUCUCCAGGCAAGAGACAGUGCAUCACCGUUGCCCUUUGGCGUUUUCGACGCGGUUCCAAAUCUGGAACAACUUGAAGUUAUUGGAGACAAUCGUUGGUUUCACACGGGGAUGUUUUGCAAUCUCCACAGAUUGAAAUAUCUCAAACUGGGACCGAAUUCACUAUUGGAUGUGUGGGACGCAGGGUUCAAUUGUUCCAGUGACGAAACAUGUUCUUUGUGUUCUUCAAAUGUUGAAGAAGUAAAUUUAGGUUAUAAUUUCUUAAGUCAGCUUCCAUCUGGAUUGGGCAUAGCAUUCCCCAACCUUGUAACAUUAAACUUCAGCCACAAUUUUAUGCAGAAUAUAUCAGAUAAAGGAUUAGAGAAUCUUCAGAAAUUACAGACGUUAGAUUUAAGUCACAACGUGUUAGAAAAUCUGGGCCAGAAGCAGUUUGCUGAGAUGGAAAAUUUGCAAUAUCUGAACUUGUCGUUCAAUGCUUUGACAUUUGUGGCUGACACGGCGUUCGAAAACUGCACUUUGUUAAAGGUGGUGCUCCUCCAGGGAAACAGACUGACAGAUGUUGGCAGCGCACUGGGAGAUCUUUCAUCUCUCCUGCAUUUAGAUAUUAGCAACAAUAGUCUCAGCACCAUUACAAAUGAAACUUUUCAGCACAAUGUACGUCUGCAUACCCUGAACUUAGACUUGAAUAAAUUGACAACAAUACCGCCUGGCGCGUUCGGGAACUUGAACCUUUUGAUGAAUCUGGGAUUGUCUAAAAAUUCCUUAUCCACAUUGGGCGGACAAAGUUUAAAGGGGCUGUUCAGACUUCAGGAGUUAAAUUUAGCCGAGAAUCUUAUUGACAAGACGCACCCAAGCGCGUUCCAAGACUGCCAAAGUGUCACUGCUUUAAACUUUAGCAAUAACUUUCUAACCUCUAUACCUUCGACAUUACGGCACCUCUCCGUUUUAACCAUCCUUGACAUGGCGAAAAACAGUAUCAGAGAAAUAAAAUUUGAUGAUUUACUAGGUUUGAACUAUUUGCAAGGAAUUAAGCUGAAGGAUAAUUUUAUCCCCGAGAUUCCUCGGGAAUUUUUCUACAGCGCGCGAAACUUGAGAGUGAUAAAUAUGGCCAACAACAGAAUAUCAAAAAUAGAAAUGGGCGCAUUUGAUCCUUUAGAAAAUUUAACUUAUAUCAAGUUGGAAAAUAAUGAAAUCAAAAACAUUGACUUCAUUUUCAAUAGACUUUCUAAGCUUUCUGUUCUGAAUUUAGAAAACAACAGAAUCCAAUGGCUUGAAAGAGACACGUUUCCCUUGUAUUUGCAGCAAGUUCACCUACGCCUGAAUAGGAUUUCCUACAUAGCUCCGUACACAUUUUCAGAUCUAAUAUUACUUUUCAACGUGGACUUAAGGGUUAACAGUAUACGUGUGCUUGAAAGAGAGGCGCUCUACGUUUCACCGCUCACGCGGCAAAUUCCGGGCUUUGCCCAUGUUCCCGAGAUCCAACUGGGCGGUAAUAUUCUCAACUGUACUUGCGAUAUGAAGUGGCUGGACAUUAUGUACAGAUACUACCAAUCUAACCCAAAGUUCCCCAAAAUUCCUGAUAUGAACGAUGUCUACUGUAGAAAUGCCUUUCCCGGUGAGAAGGGCUUAAAGCGAUAUGUGGAACUAAGAGGGGAGGAUGUGGUGUGCCAGUACCAGACCUACUGUUCGUCCAUCUUUUGUCACUGCUGUGAAUUUACUGCGUGCGAUUGCAGACAUGUUUGUCCGGAAAACUGCACGUGCUACCAAACACACGACACUAAUAUCAAUGACGUUCGAUGUGAUAACAAAGGAUAUACGUCUGUGCCACACUUAGGGAUGAUGCUUACAAAUCUAACAUUAGCCAACAAUGGAAUAACGGAACUUAAACCAAUGGGGUUCAUAGGAAAAAGACAUCUUUCAAGUAUUGACUUAGCUAACAAUAGUUUAGUUUCCAUAGCAAACCAAUCCUUCACUGGUCUUUUUCAACUCCGAACUCUCAAUCUCAGUUUUAACUUACUCGAAGAUCUGAAAGAAUACUCUUUUUCCGGGAUGACAAUGCUGGAAAACCUCUACUUGGAUCACAAUUUAUUGACCAGUAUCGAUCCAAGUACCUUCGCAAGUUUAUCUCGGUUAAAGAUUCUUACACUGCAUAGCAACCGGCUGGAAUAUUUGUUGCUCCCAGACGUCUUUGACGUAACGUCUCUGGUUCAUUUGACGCUGUCCCAUAAUCGAUGGCCGUGUGACUGUGACGUUAUAUAUGACUUCAAACACUGGGUGGUUUCAUACAAAGCCAUUAUCUUUGAUGUAGGAAACAUCAACUGUACUUUUAAGAGAAUAAAUGGAAGUGAAUACGAAAUCAUGAAAGUCAACAAUACACAGUAUCCGGUGCAGCGUGUAGUAGGAAAACGCGCAAAAUACAAAGGGGGCGUGGAUGAUGUGAUGGUUGUACAAAAUAAAGUGCUUUAUUUUGAUGAAGACUUUUACUGCAAUAACAUAACAAGAAAUAACUCUGGAUCAGUCCGAUAUAUCCACAAGAAGGAAAUCAACACAACCCAUGUCGCAGCACUAGUGUCAGUGUCAAUUUUAUUCUUUUUAACUGUGAUAGUGACUUCCCUUCUCCUUUACUACAGAACUGAAAUCAAAGUUUGGAUAUUUGUUAAGUUCGGCUGUCGGCCCUUUUACAAGCCGCCGGAUGACGAUGAAAAGAUAUUCGAUGCCUUCAUCUCUUACAGUAGCAAAGAUGAGCAUUUAAUCGUCCACGAACUGGCCCCUCGUCUUGAGAACGGCCACCCGAGUUACAAGCUCUGCCUGCACUAUAGAGACUUCCCCGUAGGAGCAAGUAUCGCAGAGACAAUUAUUGACGCAGUGGAGGCCAGUAAACGCACAAUCCUCGUACUUUCACAGAAUUUUUUAGACAGUGAAUGGUGUUUGUACGAGUUCCAAACCGCCCAUCACCAGGCUCUCCAAGAUCGCACAAACAGGGUCAUUGUUAUUCUUUUGGAGGAUAUCCCUCUUAAAAAUAUGGAUAACGAGUUGCGUGCUUACAUGAAAACGAAAACGUAUCUGCGGUGGGACGAUCCAUGGUUCUGGGACAAAAUGGCGUAUGCCCUACCAGACGUACACAAAGACAGGGUUAAUAAUGAAAUUGAACUCCCUGAGAAGUUUUUGUUUAAUGGAUAUAGAGGUCAGAGUAGAGUAUAAUGCUUCUGCUGUAAAAAUCGAAAUAUAUCCCCUGAUUGAGCCCGUUUUGAGGUUUUGGUUACAGUGAACGCGGGUUGUCUUUAAUUAACACUUUGUGUUUAAUAUUUUUGUAUGUUUGCAUAGUAAUAAUAGUACGACAGAAUGCAAGACGUUCUUUACCGAACUUGAUAUUUUUCCAUAUGUAUGAACUUAAUAAGCGCUACAAUCUGAAAAUCUGAAAAUUCCAAGAACUACCGACAAAGUGUCCUAUGGAAAAGAGCUGUACCGUCAAUUCCUAAAGUCCAAUGCUUACGUGGCAAAACGUUUCAGGCGCAGGGAUGGAAUCACUGUCAGGGAUUGAAAAGAUUUUCAAUCCACUUGCGAAGCUUUUUCCCUUAAUGCUCAUUAUAAUUUUCCCCUUGUUUGUCCAUUCAACUUACAUGUAUAUAUUCCGAAGCGUUUUCAAUAGCAUUUAAAAAUUAGUGGUCCCAGCAUUUAUUAAUUAUCGCCAUUAUCUUAUUUUAUCGCGAAUUAUAUUUUUUGAUCACAAAAUGUAAUGUUUUUGUUCUUUUUUAGUAUUGAAUAUUGAGUGUCUAAUAAGAUGGCAUAUUCUAAAUAAUAUAACUGUUGUCAAUAAUAACACUCGCUUUAUUUUGUAAAGAAAAGUUCGCCCUCUCCCCCAUGCAUGUAGGUAUUAACUGAAAAACAGUUUAUAAUAGGCCUAUAUUUUUAAUUACUAAGUUUUGAAAGUAAUAUAGCAUUAUUUUACUUCCAUAUCUAUCUGCGAAGUCAACAUGCCAAAUAAGCUUGUCAUUAAAGUUUUGUUUCUUUGAAUUCGUGGGUAUGAAAAAAAUUAAUGAGCUACCAUAAAAACAGAACCACCUUGGAUAAAAAUUUUCUGAGAUAUUUUGAGAACAAUUGAAUUCUCGCCUCGCACACCGUUCUCAGUCCAAUCUAUAAAAUCUAUACGAUAGCGAACUGGUUUAAAAAUAAAAC